AUGGCGCAGGCACUAUCAGAGGAGGAGUUCCAUCGGAUGCAGGUAGCUAGGCUGACAGCUGUACAUUUUUAGUGGCCCGUUGUUUCAAAUUUGCUGUCACUUUCCGAGUAUUUCCUGAAAAUUGGAUUUUCCGUCAACCAGUCCAAAGCUAAACUACGGAACGGAAAAGCAUGCGCGGUAAUUUCCCCUACUAGCUAGGCCAACAUUGCAACCCAGGGAUGUGGCUAGCUAUGUUGAUAGUGUCAGCAGUCAUUGCUCUUCCAAUAGCAACAGGCAGUUCAAGUAUUUGGUCAUAUCGUUUUAUUAUUCAAUACAAACAUGCAAAUGUGGUAAUCCCAAUAGUUUGAUUAAUGUUCAAAUAACAUCAGCUAGCUAAAUAGCUAUCUAGCUAGUUAGCUAGCUAGCUAGUUUGCAAGUUAACUAGCUAGUUUAAAUGGCUAGCCUAGCUAGUUAGCUUGACAUUACAUACGCUGGUCUUCUUUAAUCUUCAUAACAAUCUGCUAUUAAUGGUAAAGUUAGCUUCAUGUUAGGUAUUGAUUUCAGACAUCCGUAUCUGAUAGUUGUUUGCUGUCUUAUCUCCCUUUGUCAACAUUUUCAUAAAUCAAUUCAGUGAAAAUUGUGGUCCUCUGUAGCUCAAUUGGUAGAGCAUGGCGCUUGUAACGCCAGGGUAGUGGGUUCGAUCCCCGGGACCACCCAUACGUAAAAAUGUAUGCCCAUAUGACUGUAAGUCGCUUUGGAUAAAAGCGUCUGCUAAAUGGCUUAUUAUUAUAAAACUAUAACUAGCUAGCUAGUUAAUUUAGCAUAGCUAAUAGUUUUCCAUGAGUGAUUAUGUGUCACGGGGUUGGUCAUUCAACGUUAUCCUAAUGCUAGCUCACAGCUUUUAGAGACUGGAUGCCAUUCACUGUUAUUAUAAUGGGUGUGUUCAGUUUUCCAAACCAGAUAGUGCCCAAAGCUAGCUAGCCUAGAUAAUGCAUUGCUUGUUCAUCUGAAGUCACCUGAAUCAGAUUAUGUGAACAGAAACUUUACUGUUCCUUGUUUAGUACAUCUCUAAUAAUUAUCAUUUAUUACGGUGUCAUAAACACACCCAGCUAACAUUGAAAGCACUGUAGAGUAUGAAAGUAGUCUGUCAACACAUUAGUGAUGUUGAAGUGAAACAUCAGUUGAUUACACACUGAAGCAGUGUGUCUGUGUCAUCAACACACCUAGCUAACAUUCAAAGCAGUGUACAGUCAGAUGUUUAAUGUUUCAUUAAGUUGACCCUUUAUACAAGCUUUAACCAACUCCGUGGCCUUGUGGUUAGUGUCUGCCCUAAGAUUGGAAGGUUGAGGGUUUCAUCCCUGGUCUAGUCAUACCAAAGACUCAACAUGGGACCUGAUGCCUCUCUGCUUGGCACUCAGAAUUAAGGAGAUGGACUGGGGGUAAGGCCCUGCUACAGACUAGCGUCUUGUCCAGGGGGUAUACGUGUACAUUAAGCUGCCUCACCCUACAGAAACAGGAGAUAGGCUCCUGCCCUAUGGGCUGUUCUGGCUCGGACAAGGCUAACUGGUCAAAGGCUUACUUACUUUUACCUACUACUUUCUACAGGCUUUGGUACAAUGUAAUCCCCUCUUAUAACCUUUUUUUUGUUCUCCAGGCUCAGCUUUUAGAGCUGAGGACACAGAACUACCAACUUUCUGAUGACCUGCGGAAGAACACAGCUGGUAAGCAGCAGCAGCAACAGCUCAUAAUAUAAAUAUGUUCUGGAGCUCAGUUGGUGCCCUUGAACUGGGAUCAAUAUUUACUGCUAAAAUGAAAUGAGCAUUGCAAUGCAACUCCAGGAUGGACAUCAUAUUUAGUGUCCCUCUUAAUGCAAGUGUGUGUAUUAUAGUAACCCAUGUGAUGCACUGUAUCGAACAUCAAAAUGGGUUAGUUCUGUCUCAGUGAUUGAAAAGAAGAUACUAGUCUCUGGAGAUUUUCAAGAUUUUUGUUGAUUUCUAUUCCAGAGCUGAAUGCUGUUCGUCAGAAGACUGUGACCUUGGAGAAGGAUUACAUCAAAGCACAGAAGGUAUAGAAAGCUAAUCAACAUAAAAAAAUAAAAUAAACGGUGAUAAUAGGGUUGUGGAGUUCAAUGCAUUGAAACUCAAGGCAUCAUGUUUGAGACAGAAUAAAAGGUCACUUUGUUUGUGAUUUGGACUUCUUCUAAUUUUCUUUUUGUUUUAUCUUCAGGCUCUGAAUAAAAGCAAGAAAGCUCAGGUGGGUUACUUGCAUCUUCUAAAACUCUUUCAAAGCUGUCUAUAAAAGAAUAUUGACAAGAUAGUAUGAACAUUAGCUUGCUAUACAUGUUAUAUGCCAUAAUAACUAAUAUUCCUGUUUACAGUGGCUCGCGAAAGUAUUCACCCCCCUUGGCAUUUUUCCUAUUUUGUUGCCUUACAACCUGGAAUUAAAAUAUAUUUUUCUGGGGGUUUGUAUCAUUUGAUUUACACAACAUGCCUACCACUUUGAUGAUGCAAAAUAUUUUUUGGGGUGAAACAAACAAGAAAUAAGACAGAAAAACAGAAAACUUGAGCGUGUAUAACUAUUCACCCCCCCAAAGUCAAUACUUUGUAGAGCCACCUUUUGCAGCAAUUACAGCUGCAAGUCUCUUGGGGUAUGUCUCUAUAAGCUUGGCACAUCUAGCCACUGGGAUGUUUGCCCAUUCUUCAAGGCAAAACUGCUCCAGCUCCUUCAAGUUGGAUGGGGUUCUGCUGGUGUACAGCAAUCUUUAAGUCCUACCACAGAUUCUCAAUUGGAUUGAGGUCUGGGCUUUGACUAGGCCAUUCCAAGACAUUUAAAUGUUUCCCCUUAAACCACUCAAGUGUUGCUUUAGCAGUAUGCUUAGGGUCAUUGUCCUACUGGAAGGUGAACCUCCGUCCCAUUCUCAAGUCUCUGGAAGACUGAAACAGGUUUUCCUCAAUAAUUUCCCUGUAUUUAGCGCCAUCCAUCAUUCCUUCAAUUCUGACCAGUUUCCCAGUCCUUGCUGAUGAAAAACAUCCCCACAGCAUGAUGAUGAUGCUGCCACCACCAUGCUUCACUGUGGGGAUGGUGUUCUCGGGUGAUGAGAAGUGUUGGGUUUGCGCCAGACAUAGCGUUUUCCUUGAUGGCCAAAAAGCUCAAUUUGAAUCUCAUCUGACCAGAGUGCCUUCUUCCAUAUGAUUGGGGAGUCUCCCACAUGCCUUUUUGGCGAACACAUCUUUUAUUUUUAUUUUUAUUUUUUACACCAAACGUGUUUGAUUAUUUUUUUCUUUAAGCAAUGGCUUUUUUCUGGUCACUCUUCCGUAAAGCCCAGCUCUGUGGCGUGUAUAGCUUAAAGUGGUCCUAUGGACAGUUACUCUAAUCUCCGCUGUGGAGCUUUGCAGCUCCUUCAGGGUUAUGUUUGGUCUCUUUGUUGCCUCUCUGAUUAAUGCCCUCCUUGCCUGGUCUGUGAGUUUUGGUGGGCGGCCCUCUCUUGGCAGGUUUGUUGUGGUGCCACAUUCUUUCCAUUUUUUAAUAAUGGAUUUAAUGGUGCUCAGUGGGAUGUUCAAAGUUUCGUAUAUUUUUUUAUAACCCUGAUCUGUAUGGAGAGCUCCUUGGUCUUCAUGGUGCAGCUUGCUUGGUGGUGCCGCUUGCUUAGUGGUGUUGCAGACUCUGGGGCCUUUCAGAACAGGUGUGUGUAUAUAUACUGAGAUCAUGUGACACUUAGACUGCACACAGGUGGACUUGAUUUAACUAAUUAUGUGACUUCUGAAGGUAAUUGGUCGCAUCAGAUCUUAUUUAGGGGCUUCAUAGAAAAGGGGGUGAAUACAUAUGCACGCACCACUUUUCCGUUAUUUAUGUUUUCAAAUUUUUUCAAACAAGUAAUUUUUUUCAUUUCACUUCACCAAUUUGGACUAUUUUGUGUAUGUCCAUUACAUGAAAUCCAAAUAAAAAUCCAUUUAAAUUACAGGUUGUAUAGCAACAAAAUCGGAAAAACGCCAAGAUGGAUGAAUACAUUUGCAAGGCACUGUACAUGUACAGCACCAGUGAAAAGUUUGGACACACCUAAUCAUUCAAGGGUUUUUCUUUAUUUUUACUAUUUUCUACAUUAUAGAAUUAUAGUGAAGACAUCAAACUAUGAAAUAACACAUAUGGAAUCAUGUAGUAACCCAAAAAAGUGUUAAACAAAUCAAAAUAGAUGUUAUAUUUGAGAUUCUUCAAAGUAGCCACCCUUUGCCUUGAUGACAGCUUUGCACACCCUUGGCAUUCUCUCAACCAGCUUCAUGAGGUAGUCACCUGGAAUGCAUUUCAAUUAACAGGUGUGCCUUGUUAAAAGUUAAUUUGUGGAAUUUCUUUCCUUAAUGCGUUUGAGCCAGUUGUGUUGUGAAAAGGUAGGGGUGGUAUACAGAAGAUAGCGCUAUUUGGUAAAGGACAAAGUCCAUAUUAUGGCAAGAACAGCUCAAAUAAGCAAAGAGAAACGACAAUCCAUCAUUACUUUAAGAAAUGAAGGUCAGUCAAUCUGGAACAUUUCAAGAACUUUGAACAUUUCUUCAAGUGCAGUCGCAAAAACCAUCAAGCGCUAUGAUGAAACUGGCUCUCGUGAGGACCGCCACAGGAAAGGAAGACCCAGAGUUACCUCUUCUGCAGAGGAUAAGUUCAUUAGAGUUACAGUGCCUUGCAAAAAUAUUCAUCCCCCUUGGCGUUUUUCCUAUUUUGUUGCAUUACAACCUGUCAUUUUAAAUGGACUUUUAUUUGGAAUUCAUGUAAUGGACAUACACAAGAUAGUCCAAAUUAGUGAAGUGAAAUGAAAAAAAUUACUUGUUUCAAAGAAUUCUAAAAAAUAAAUAACGGAAAAUUGGUGCUUGCAUUCGUAUUCACCUCCUUUGCUAUGAAGCCCCUAAAUAAGAUCUGGUGCUACCAAUUACCUUCAGAAGUCACAUAAUUAGAUUGCACACAGGUGGACCUUAUUGAAGUGUCACAUGAUCUCAGUAUAUACAGACCUGUUCUGAAAGGCCCCAGAGUCUGUAACACCACUAAGCAAGGGGACCACCAAGCAAGCGGCACCAUGAAGACCAAGGAGCUCUCCAAACAGGUCAGAGAAGUGCAGAUCAGGGUUGGGUUACAAAAAAAAUAUCAGAAACUUUGAACAUCCCACGGAGCACCAUUUAAAUCCAUUACUAAAAAAUGAAAAUAAUAUGGCACCACAACAAACCUGCCAAGAGAGGGCCGCCCACCAAAACUCACAGACCAGGCAAGGAGGGCAUUAAUCAGAGGGGCAACAAAGAGACCAAAUAUAACCCUGAAGGAGCUGCAAAGCUCCACAGCGGAGAUUGGAUUAUCUGUCCAUAGGACCACUUUAAGCCGUACACUCCACAGAGCUGGGCUUUACGGAAGAGUGGCCAGAAAAAGCCAUUGCUGAAAGAAAAAAAUAAGCAAACACGUUUGGUGUUCGCCAAAAGACAUGUGGGAGACUCCCCAAACAUAUGGAAGAAGGUACUCUGGUCAGAUGAGAUUCAAAUUGAGCUUUUUGGCCAUCAAGAAAAACGUUCUGUCUGGCGCAAAUCCAACACUUCUCAUCACCCCGAGAACACCAUCCCCACAGUGAAGCAUGGUGGUGGCAGUAUCAUGCUGUGGGGAUGUUUUUCAUCAGCAAGGACUGGGAAACUGGUCAGAAUUGAAGGAAUGAUGGAUGGCGCUAAAUACAGGGAAAUUAUUGAGGAAAACCUGUUUCGGUCUUCCAGAGACUUGAGAAUGGGACGGAGGUUCACCUUCCAGUAGGACAAUGACCCUAAGCAUACUGCUAAAGCAACACUUGAGUGGUUUAAGGGGAAACAUUUAAAUGUCUUGGAAUGGCCUAGUCAAAGCCCAGACCUCAAUCCAAUUGAGAAUCUGUGGUAGGACUUAAAGAUUGCUGUACACCAGCAGAACCCAUCCAACUUGAAGGAGCUGGAGCAGUUUUGCCUUGAAGAAUGGGCAAACAUCCCAGUGGCUAGAUGUGCCAAGCUUAUAGAGACAUACCCCAAGAGACUUGCAGCUGUAAUUGCUGCAAAAGGUGGCUCUACAAAGUAUUGACUUUGGGGGGGGGGGGGGGGGGGGGGGGUGAAUAGUUAUGCACGCUCAAGUUUUUUGUUUUUUUGUCUUAUUUCUUGUUUGUUUUACCCAAAGACAUAUUUUGCAUCUUCAAAGUGGUAGGCAUGUUGUGUAAAUCAAAUGAUACAAACCCCCCACAAUUCCAUUUUAAUUCCUGGUUGUAAGGCAACAAAAUAGGAAAAAUGCCAAGGAGGUUGAAAACUUACGCAAGCCACUGUAACUGCACCUCAGAAAUUGCAGCCCAAAUAAAAGUAACAGACGCAUCUCAACAUCAACUGUUCAGAGGAGACUGUGAAUCAGGCCUUCAUGGUCGAUUUGCUGCAAGGAAACCACUACUAAAGGACACCAAUAAAAGAAGAGACUUGCUUGGGCCAAGAAACAUGAGCAAUGGACAUUAGAACGAUGGAAAUCUGUCCUUUGGUCUGAUGAGUCCAAAUUUGAGAUCUUUGGUUCCAACCUCCGUGUCUUUGUGUGACACAGAAUAGAUGAACGUAUGAUCUCCGCAUGUGGUUCCCACCGUGAAGCAUGGAGGAGGAGGUGUGAUGUUGUGGGGGUGCGUUGCUGGUGACACUGUCAGUGAUUUAUUCAUAAUUCAAGGCACACUUAAACAGCAUGGCUACCACAGCAUUCUGCAGCGAUACGCCAUCCCAUCUGGUUUGCGCUUAGUGGGACUAUAAUUUGUUUUUCAACAGGACAAUGACCCAAAACACACCUCCAGGCUGUGUAAGGGCUAUUUGACCAAGAAGGAGUGAUGGAGUGCUGCAUCAGAUGACCUGGCAUCCACAAUCACCUGACCUCAACCCAAUUGAGAUGGUUUGGGAUGAGUUGGACCGCAGAGUGAAGGAAAAGCAGCCAACAAGUACUCAGCAUAUGUUGGAACUCCUUCAAGACUGUUGGAAAAGCAUUCCUCAUGAUGCUGGUUGAGCGAAUGUCAAGAGUGUGUGCAAAGCUGUCAUCAAGGCAAAGGGUGGCUACUUUGAAGAAUCUCAAAUAUAAAAUAUGUGUUGAUUUGAUUAACACUUUUUUGGUUACUACAUGAUUCCAUAUGUUAUGUCAUAUUUUAGAUGUCUUCACUAUCAAUCUACCAUGUUGAAAAUAGUAAAAAUAAAGAAAAACCCUUGAAUGUGUAAGUAUGUCCAAACUUUUGACUGGUACUGUAUAUAUUACCAUGUAUUUUUUUUUUGUUGCACUGGCUCGAGGCACACUCACUAGACUCUAGCCACACAAUCCAAUGCAUACACUCCAACGCAUACACACACUUUCACACUCUUAACUUACGCUUCUGCUGCUCUGUUUAUUAUACAUCCUGAUUGCCUAGUCACUUUUACCCCUACCUACAUGUAUAUACUGUAUUACCUCAACUACCUCGUACCCCUGCACAUUAAAUCGGUGCUGGUACUCCUUGUAUAUAACCUCGUUAUUGUUAUUUUAUUUUGUUACUAUUCUUCAUACUUUUUAACUCUGCAGUGUUGGGAAUGGGCUCGUAAGUAAGCAUUUCACGGUAUAAUCUACACCUGUUGUAUUCGGCGCAUGUGACCAAUAAAGUGUUAUUUGAGUUUAAGUAUUUAUAUAUUUCUGCUACCAUUCACUUUCAGCACUGUUUACAUGUAUAUCAAAUCAGUUAAAAUAAAACUUUAUUUGUCACAUGAGCCGAAUACAACAGGUGUAGACCUGCCGUGAAAUGCUUCCUUACAAGCCCUUAACCAACACUGCAGUUCAAGAACGAGUUAAGAAAAUAUUUACCAAAUAAAGUAAAAAAUAAAUAAAAAGUUACACAAAAUAGCAAUAACCAAUCAAUGUACGGGUGUACAGGUUAGUGGAGGUCAUUUGUACAUGUAGGUAGGGGUAAAGUGACUGCAUAGAUGAUAAACAGUGAGUAGCAGCAGUGCCUACACUGACACUGUUGCACACUUACACACCCACCACCUAAGUCUUCCGUAUGCUUCGGUUUGGCUCACAUACUCCCUUAAAUACCAUGAGAAGUGAACAAAUUUGCAUGAAAACGAUUCAACUCUCGUUGAAUGAUUAAAACACUUAAUUGAAGAGUCCCGACUGUUGACCAAUCACCGAUGAAGGGGCGUAGAGUUUAGCUACUGACUUCGGCUUGCCUCGAGAAAUAAUUACGUGUGCACGAACAGCCGGAAAAAACCUGUCACAAAAUGUUGUCAUAAUAUAUGCACAAACUGUUUUAGAUGGGAAGCAUGCGGACGCCUUUAUGAUGUUGCCAUACUGUUUACUAUUAUUAUAAUUAUAAUUAUUUAUCCUGCUACCAGUCACCUUCUCCUAAUUCCUGCCUACAUGUACAUACAGUGCAUUCGGAAAGUAUUCAGACCCCUUGACCAUUCCACAUUUUGUUACCAUACAGCCUUACUCUAACAUUUAUUAAAUUGUUUCCCCCCCCCCCCCAUCAAUCUACACACAAUACCCCAUAAUGACAAAGCAAAAACAGGUUUUCAGAAUUUUUUGCAAAUGUAUUACAAAUAAAUAAAUAAAAUCACAUUUACAUAAGAAUUCAGACCCUUUACUCAGUACUUUGUUGACGCACCUUUGGCAGUGAUUACAGACUCAAGUCUUCUUGGGUAUGACACUAGAAGCUUGGCACACCUGUAUUUGGGGAGUUUCUCCCAUUCUUCUCUGCAGAUCCUCUCAAGCUCUGUCAGGUUGGAUGGGGAGCAUCGCUGCACAGCUAUUUUCAGGUCUCUCCAGAGAUGUUCGAUCAGGUUCAAGUCUGGGAUCUGGCUGGGCCACUCAAGGACAUUCAGAGACUUGUCCCGAAGCCACUCCCGCGUUGUCUUGGCUGUGUGCUUAGGGUCGUUGUCCUGCUGGAAGGUGAACCUUCGCCCCAGUGUGAGGUCCUGAUCAGUCUGGAGAAGGUUUUCAUCAAGGAUCUCUCUGAACUUUGCUCCGUUCAUCUUUCCCUCGAUCAUGACUAGUCUCCCAGUCCUCGCCGCUGAAAAACAUCCCCACAGCAUGAUGCUGCCACCACCAUGCGUCACCGUAGGGAUGGUGCCAGGUUUCCACCAGACGUGAAGCUUGGCAUUCAGCCCAAAGAGUUCAAUCUUGGUUUCAUCAGACCAGAUAAUCUUUGCUUCUUAUGUUCUGAGAGUCCUUUAGGUACCUUUUGGCGAACUCCAAGCGGGCUGUCAUGUGCCUUUUUACUAAGGAGUGGCUUCUGUCUGGCCACUCUACCAUAAAAGUAUGAUUGGUGGAGUGCUGCAGAGAUGGUUGUCCUUCUGGAAGGUUAUCCCAUCUCCACAGAGGAACUCUGGACCUCUGUCAGAGUGACCAUCCAGUUCUUGGUCACCUCCCUCACCAAGGGCCUUCUCCCCUGAUUGCUCAGUUUGGCCGGACGGCCAUCUCUAGGAAGAGUCUUGGUGGUUCCAAACUUCUUCCAUUUAAGAAUGAUGGAGGCCACUGUGUUCUUGGGGACCUUCAAUGCUGCAGACAUGUUUUGGUAACCUUCCCUAGAUCUGUGCCUCAACACAAUCCUGUCUCUGAGCUCUACGGACAAUUCCUUCGACCUCAUGGCUUUGCUCUGACAUGCUCUGUCAACUGUGGGCUCUUAUAUAGACAGGUGUGUGCCUUUCCAAAUCAUGUCCAAUCAAUUGAGGUGGAUGCCAAUCAAGUUGUAGAAACAUCACAAGGAUGAACAAUGGAAACAGGAUUGCACCUGAGCUCAAUUUCGAGUCUCGUAGCAAAGGGUUUGAAUACUUAUGUAAAUAAGGUUUUUCUGUUUUUAUUUUUAAUACAUUUUCCAAAAGUUUUUAACUUUUUUCGCUUUGUCGUUAUAGGGUAUUGUCUGUAUAUUGAUGAGGAUUUUUAGUUAUUCAAUCCAUUUUAGAAUAAGGCUGUAACGUUACAAUGUGGAAAAAGGGAAGGGGUCUGAAUACUUUCCGACUGCACUGUAUCUCCCUCAAAUAAUCCUGUAUCCCUGCACUUUUUAAAUUUGGUACGGGCACUGACACUAUAUAUAGCCUCCCCUCUUAUUUUUAAAAAAAUUAGUUCUACUAUAUUUUUUAUAUUGAAUACUGCACUGUUGGGUAGGGCUUGCAAGUUUAGCAUUUCACUGUACUUGUGCAUGUGACAAGUAAAACGUGAAACUUAAUGAAUAGAGAGACUUCCUCAAUGAAGGCAAAGGGAUUAUUCCCAACUACAGGUAGAGAAAAUGGGGCUGCUUUGUCUGUUAAGUUCAUUUCGUGCAUUUACUCGUUAGGUUCUUCCACAUCAGUGGUCAAAAGUUUUGAGAAUGACACAUACUAAUUUUCACAAAGUCUGCUGCCUCAGUUUUGAUGAUGGCAAUUUGCAUAUACUCCAGAAUGUCAUGAAGAGUGAUCAGAUGAAUUGCAAUUAAUUGCAAAGUCCCUCUUUGCCAUGAAAAUGAACUUAAUCCCCCAAAAACAUUUUCACUGCAUUUCAGCCCUGCUACAAAAGGACCAGCUGCCAUCAUGUCAGUGAUUCUCUCGUUAACACAGGUGAGAGUGUUGACGAGGACAAGGCUGGAGAUCACUCUGUCAUGCUGAUUGAGUUAGAAUAACAGACUGGAAGCUUUAAAAGGAGGGUGGUGCUUGAAAUCAUUGUUCUUCCUCUGUUAACCAUGGUUACCUGCAAAGAAACACGUGCCGUCAUCAUUGCUUUGCACAAAAAGGGCUUCACAGGCAAGGAUAUUGCUGCUAGUAAGAUUGCACCUAAAUCAACCAUUUAUCGGAUCAUCAAGAACUUCAAGGAGAGAGGUUCAAUUGUUGUGAAGAAGGCUUCAGUGCGCCCAAGAAAGUCCAGCAAGCGCCAGGACCGUCUCCUAAAGUUGAUUCAGCUGCGGGAUUGGGGCACCACCAGUGCAGAGCUUGCUCAGGAAUGGCAGCAAGCAGAUGUGAGUGCAUCUGCACGCACAGUGAGGCGAAGACUUUUGGAGGCUGGCCUGGUGUCAAGAAGGGCAGCAAAGAAGCCACUUCUCUCCAGGAAAAACAUCAGCAACAGACUGAUAUCCUGCAAAAGGUACAGGGAUUGGACUACUGAGGACUGGGGUAAAGUCAUUUUCUCUGAUGAAUCCCCUUUCCGAUUGUUUGGGGCAUCCGGAAAACACCUUGUCCGGAGAAGACAAGGUCAGCGCUACCAUCAGUCCUGUGUCAUGCCAACAGUAAAGCAUCCUGAGACCAUUCAUGUGUGGGGUUGCUUCUCAGCCAAGGGAGUGGGCUCACUCACAAUUUUGCCUAAGAACACAGCCAUGAAUAAAGAAUGGUACCAACACAUCCUCCGAGAGCAACUUCUCCCAACCAUCCAAGAACAGUUUGGUGACGACCAAUGCCUUUUCCAGCAUGAUGGAGCACCUUGCCAUAAGGCAGAAGUGAUAACUAAGUGGCUCGGGGAACAAAACAUCGACAUUUUGACAGCAUGCCAGGGCGGAUUGCAGAGGUCUUGAAAAAGAAGGGUCAACACUGCUAAUAUUGACUCUUUGCAUAAACUUAAUGUAAUUGUCAAUAAAAGCCUUUGACACUUAUGGAAUGCUUGUAAUUAUACUUCAGUAUACCAUAGUAACAUCUGACAAAAAUAUCUUAACACUGAAGCAGCGAACUUUGUGAAGACCAAUACUUGUGUCAUUCUCAACUUUUGACCACGACUGUAGUAUAAGGAUGUGGUGUAUAUGGGCCUGGUUUAUAAUUCAUAUUAUAUUAAUGCAGUCAACAGCCCCCUCUGCUGUUUCAAUAUGCAUAUUUCACCUUUCCCCAGAGUAUUUAAGAUAAUUUGGAAAAAUUGGGGAAAAUCUGAUUUGUAGAGACCCAUCAAAGUAUGAUAUCGAAGUAGAGCAUUGUCCUCUAACUUUUUCACCAUCCUUUCUAAUCAGCAAAGUACACAUUGUCGUGUUUUUGUGAGAGUAUACAAACUAGAAAUGUGGAGGAUCAUAAAGUCGUCAUCCUGUGUUUUCUCAUUGGAUUGUUAUUCAGUGGAUGCUCUCAAAAGUAGUAUUAUUUGUUAGUGUGAUAGUUAAUAAGAUACUUUUUUUAGGUCAACAGUUCCAGUAAUUUUCAUUAAAGUGUCAUAAACCUCACUGGAGCUCAAGGUGAGGAGUGUCUACUUUCUGUUUACAUGGGUUGGUUGUCUGUCUGGUGUGUGCGCUCAGGAGGUGGAUGCCUUACUCAGCGAGAAUGAGAUGCUGCAAGGCAAGCUGCACAGCCAAGAGGACGACUUCAGACUGCAGAACAGCACCCUGAUGCAGGAGCUGUCCAAGGUACUGGCUCUCCCCUGCUCCCACACAUGCCACUGGUGAUGGGGUUGUGGCGCCUCGCUUCAGAAGAGGGGAAUGUCCUUGUAAAUUUUAAAAUGUGAUUUAAGCCUAUCCUAUGUCUAGCUUAUGUAACACAUAAAAGCCCCACCUUCCUGAUCACAUUUUCUGAUUUUAUAUUACAGAAAUAUUUAUAAGUCAUUUAUUGCAUUCCCCCGUUUUGUGUUUUUAGUUAUGCACUCAGAUAGAGGAGCUAGAACAUGCAAACAAAGAGCUAAAGGAUGACAAGGGGCUGCAGGCUGAAUCCUCCAGUCCCACCUCCAUCUCUGUGGAUGGAGAGCUACUGCACCUCCAGGCAGAGAAUGCUGCCCUUCAGAAAAAGAUGACGGGUAUGUUUUAUGUUGGUUAUCGUUGUAGAAAAUCACCUUUUUCAAAGGCAUUUCUUAGAUGAGCUGUAUCUGGUAAUGGCAACACAUUUAGUUUUUUUUUUUAUCUCCACCAAUCCUAUUUACAUCACUGUGUUUUCCCCUCAGCCCUUCAGGAGCGUUAUGAGAGUGAGAUAAAGAGCCCAAGGGGAGCGGAGGUCAGUGAAACCAAAGCCUCAGAGACAGACGUCAGUGAGAGCAGGGAGGACGCUGCAGCCAGAACCAAUGACAGACUGGAACAGGUGACACCAUAAACAAAUCUUUUCAAUGGAACUGCCAUUUUGAAAAUAUCCUCAGAUGCACUUCUACUGUUGUAUCGGGCAUACAUAAAUGUAUACAUUGGUCGUUGUUGUUCAUUAUUGAGCUGGUUGCUCUGUUCAAACCCCCUUGGUUUGUGCUGUGGUGGAGACCUCUGUGGGCUAUACUCGGCCUUGUCUCAGGAUUGUAAGUUGGUGGUUGAGGAUAUCCCUCUAGUGGUGCGGGGGCUGUGCUUUGGCAGAGUGGGUGGGGUUAUAUCCUUCCUGUUUGGCCCUGUCCGGGGGUUUCUUCGGAUGGGGCCACAGUGUCUCCGGACCGCUCCUGUCUCAGCCUCCAGUAUUUAUGCUGCAGUAGUUUAUGUGUCGGGGGGCUGGGGUUAGUUGGUUAUACCUGGAGUACUUCUCCUGUCUUAUCCAGUGUCCUGUGUGAAUUUAAGUAUGCUCUCUCUAAUUCUCUCGUUCUCUCUUUCUCUCUGAGAACCUGAGCCCUAGGACCAUACGUCAGGACUACCGGGCAUGAUGACACCUUGCUGUCCCCAGUCCGCCUGGCCUUGCUGCUAUUCCAGUUUCAACUGUUCUGCCUGCGGUUACGAAACCCCUACCUGUCCCAGACCUGCUGUUUUCAACUCUUAAUGAUCGGCUAUGAAAAGCCAACUGAGAGACCUGAGCCCUAGGACCAUACGUCGGGACUACCGGCCGUGGUGACUCCUUGCUGUCCCCAGUCCGCCUGGCCUUGCUGCUAUUCCAGUUUCAACUGUUCUGCCUGCGGUUAUGGAACCCCUACCUGUCCCAGACCUGCUGUUUUCAACUCUUAAUGAUCGGCUAUGAAAAGCCAACUGAGAUUUAUUCCUGAUUAUUAUUUGACCAUGCUUGUCACUUAUGAACAUUUUUGAACAUCUUGGCAUGGUUCUGUUAUAAUCUUCACCCGGCACAGCCAGAAGAGUGGCCACCCCUCAUAGCCUGGUUCCUCUCUAGGUUUCUUCCUAGGUUUUCGCCUUUCUAGGGAGUUUUUCCUAGCCACCGUGCUUCUACACCUGCAUUACUAGCUGUUUGGGGUUUUAGGCUGGGUUUCUGUACAGCACUUCGAGAUAUUAGCUGAUGUAAGAAGGGCUAUAUAAAAUAAAAUUGAUUGAUUGAUUGAUUCAACAUGCAAAAAGGCUCUGUUUCUUCUGCCCAUUAUGAUGUACCUGUAUGUUUCUACAUACAUAUUAAACCGUUACAGUAUGGACCGCCAACUGGCGUAUUACAACACAUGAAUCAGCCCCUAUUUAGAUCAAGCCUUUGCAUUAUGCAUGCAGGUUGGUUUUGUGUGUAUCUGUUAUCUAUUUACAGGAUUAGUUGACAAAUCAUCCCAUAUUUAGAUUACGCUUUUGAAUUAUGCAUGCAGUAUGGUGUUGAGUUGUUCUUAAAUUAAUUUCCUUUUUGUUUUUUCCAGGCAGAGGCAAAGUGUGCCAAACUGGAACUGCGAGUGAAUGAGCUAAGUGGUGAGUUGAGUCUUUCUUAUGGAGAAUAUAUCUUCAGAAAUAGUCUGGAAAGCCUAGUACAGCAAAUGUUUAAACUUUCCCCCUUGGUUGUUUGCUACUUUACAAGAGUGAUUGACUUAAUUCAUUGACGUCUUUGUUAACAAUGUUGACUCCCAGCACCAAAUGUUGCUUUAAUAAUUUAACCUGCUGGUUUCCUUACGAUCUGAUAGGACAUAGUCCAGUUCACUGUUCCUCUAUGCAGGCUCUAUGGGGCAUGUGUCCAGCAGGCGCCUAGCUUUUGUCAGAGACCAGUCAGGCCAGGAGCGUGUGACUGGGUUCCCACUAGAUGGGCAAGUGGCAAAGUCAAAGUUGGAUAUUAUUGUAAAAAUGUAUGAAAACAAAAAUCUUAAUUUUAAGGUUAGGGUUAGGCAUAAGGUUAGCAGUGUGGUUAGGGUUAGGCAUAAGGUUAGCAGUGUGGUUAAUGUUAGGUUCAAAAUCAGAUUUUAAGAAGACACAUUGUAGAAAUAGGCGGGGUUUAUGACUUUGCCACUUGCCCAGAAAGUGAUGACCACGUGAGUUGGGGUACUGUGAUUAAGACUAAGAUGGGCUACCUGCGUGCCCUGCAGGACCUGCAGUGACGACCACCGGGCUAGUUAUGAAACAGGAUUCUCUUAGGUGGGCAGCACUGUGUCCAAAUCCAUUAACGCAAUGCUUUGGGCCAGAGGUGGAACUGCAGCUGCACACUGAGGUGGAGGAGAAACGCCUACUGAAGGAGCAGCUCCAAGCACUAGAGGUAACUAACGACCCACCCCACAACCCUAGGUUAGGUGUUAACGACCCAUCCACAACCCUAGGUUAGUUGCUAACGACCCAUCCACAACCCUAGGUUAGUUGCUAACGACCCAGAUUGAUUUAUACGUUUUUUGUUGUUCAGCUUUUUCUUCAGUUUCUAUGUUACCAGCGCUAGUGCCUCAAAGUGAAGCAGUAAGAUGUACUCUCAGAUACAGAGCUGCAUAUCAGAAAAUAUGGUCACUAACUGCCUCCUCCAUUUCCUAGGCUAAUUGAGUGUAUGUGGGUUUGUGUAAAUAUGAUACGCUGUGGACAGACUAUCCUAAGGCACAAUUAAGGACAGACGACAAUUUGUUGGCUAUUUCUAUGUCUCUUCAUCUAAGCACUAAGAUCUUUCGCUUCUCUCCUCCAGUCAUCCAAACAGGCAGACAUCACUCAACUUCAAGAAGAAAUAUCGAAGGUAACUAUAAGAUCAGAUGUGUCCUUCAAUGUAUAGAUUAGGCUAUAGUGUAUGUUAGCAUCUAGGCCCCUACAUGUAAUCAAACAAAUCAAAUUACAUUUUAUUUGUCACAUAGACGUGUUUAGCAGAUGUUAUUGCGGGUGUAGCAAAAUGCUUGUGAUUCUAGCUCCGACAGUGCAGUAAUAUCUAACAAGUAAUAUCUAACAAUUUCACAACAUAUACACACAAAUCUAAGUAAGGAAUUGAAUUAAGAAUAUAUACAAUAAUGGACGAGCAAUGACAGAGCGGCAUGGACUAAGAUACAGUAGAAUAUUAUAGAAUACAGUAUAUACAUAUGAGAUGAGUAAUGCAAGAUAUGUGAACAUUAUUAAAGUGACUAGUGUUCCAUUUCUUAAAGUGGCCAGUGAUUUCUAUAGGCAGCAGCAGCCUCUAAUGUGCUAGUGAUGGCUAUUUAACAGUCUGAUGGCCUUGAGAUAGAAGCUGUUUUUCAGUCUCUCGGUUCCAGCUUUGAUGCACCUGUACUGACCUCGCCUUCUGGAUGAUAGCGGGGUGAACAGGCAGUGGCUCGGGUGGUUGAUGUCCUUGAUGAUCUUUUUGGCCUUCCUGUGAUAUCGGGUGCUGUAGGUGUCCUGGAGGUCCCUGCGGUAGCGGGCAGUGCAGUUGCCGUACCAGGCGGUGAUACAGCCCGACAGGAAGCUCUCAAUUGUGCAUCUGUAAAAGUUUGUGAGGGUUUUAGGUGCCAAGCCAAAUGUCUUCAGCCUCCUGAGGUUGAAGAGGCUCUGUUGCGCCUUCUUCACCACACUGUCUGCGUGGGUGGACCAUUUUAAGUUUGUCAGUGAUGUGUACGCCAAGGAACUUGAAGCUUUCCACCUUCUCCACUGCGGUCUCGUUGAUGUGGAUAGGGGGGUGCACCCUGCUGUUUCCUGAAGUCCACGAUCAUCUCCUUUGUUUUGUUGACGUUGAGUGAGAGGUUAUUUUCCUGGCACCACACUCCCAGAGCCCUCACCUCCUCCCUGUAGGCUGUCUCGUCGUUGUUGGUAAUCAAGCUUACUACUGUUGUGCCGUCUGCGAACUUGAUGAUUGAGUUGGAGGCGUGCUUGGCCACGCAGUCAUGGGUGAACAGGGAGUACAGGUGGGGGCUGAGCACGCACCCUUGUGGUGCCCCAGUGUUGAGGAUCAGCGAAGUGGAGAUGUUGUUUCCUACCUUCACCACCUGGGGGCGGCCCAUCAGGAAGUCCAGGACCCAGUUGCACAGGGCGGGGGUCAGACCCAGGGCCUUGAGUUUAAUGAUGAGCUUGGUGUUGAAUGCUGAGCUAUAGUCAAUGAACAGCAUUCUUACAUAGGCAUUCCUCUUGUCCAGAUGGGAUAGGGCAGUGUGCAGUGUAAUGGUGAUUGCAUUGUCUGUGGAUCUAUUGGGGCGGUAUGCAAAUUGAAGUGAGCCUAGGGUGUCAGGUAAAGUAGAGGUGAUAUGAUCCUUGACUAGUCUCUCAAAGCACUUCAUGACAGAAGUGAGUGCUACGGGGCGAUAGUCAUUUAGUUCAGUUACCUUUUUAUUCUUUGGUACAGGAACAAUGGUGGCCAUCUUGAAGCAUGUGGGGACAGCAGAUUGGGAUAAGGAGAGAUUGAAUAUGUCCGUAAACAUGCGCAUGCUCUGAGGACGCAGCUAGGAAUGCCGUCUGGGCCGACAGCCUUGCGGGAGUUAACAUGCUUAAAUGUCUUACUCACGUCGGCCACGGAGAAGGAGAGCCCACAGUCCUUGGUAGUGGGCCGCGUCGGUGGCACUGUGUUAUCCUCAAAGCGGGCGAAGAAGGUGUUUAGCUUGUCCGGAAGCAAGACGUCGGUGUCGGCGACGUGGCUGGUUUUCCUUUUGUAGUCCGUGAUUGUCUGUAGACCCUGCCACAUACGUCUCGUGUCUGAGCCGUUGAAUUGCGACUCCACUUUGUCUCUAUACUGAUGUUUUGCCUGUUUAAUUGCCUUGCGGAGUGAAUAGCUACACUGUUUGUAUUCUGCCAUAUUCCCAAUGCGGUGGUUCGCGCUUUCAGUUUUGCGCGAAUGCUGCCAUCUAUCCACGGUUUCUGGUUAGGGAAGGUUUUAAUAGUCACAGUGGGCACAUCUCCUAUACACUUCCUGAUAAACUCAGUCACCGUUUCAGUGUAUUCGUCUAAAUUAUUUUCGCAAGCUAUUUUCGAACACUGAUUUUGUCCAUGUGUUUCCUUCUAGCUCUCUGAAAAAUUUAAGAAAAAGCAAGACAGGUAAGAUUCUAUUUACCUUGCAAAUGUUAUGAAUGCAUUUCUUUGGUUCUACACAAAGUAAAACUCAAAGAGCAUUAAAAGACAAUUCCGUGAUAGAUGGAUUGUAUUGUGGAUUAAUGUAUUUGAGUUCCCUUGGCUCAGCUGUGAUGAACUAAAUCAGAGUAUGACAGUAAUAAGCCCCUGGGCCCUGUCCUGUUAUAGUGGUAUUUCUCUGGCAUCAUUGGGCAGCCGUCUCAGGCUCAGUAUAGCUAUGUGACACUAGGCUCCGGCCCCGUGGACAGUCAGCAGGCGGGAGUAAUGAGACUGAACCUCAACUUGUUUUGCCAGCAGUCACUGUCAUCUGCUGUGUCUGCAAAGAUGUCUGCCCAAAGCUCCCCUUACGGGCUCUUUUCACACCGGCAGAGCCCUGGCCUCCCGCUCGGGGAAGUCUUAUAUCUCCUCUACUGGGUGGUUUCAGGGUUGAACAGUUUUCUCACUGGCUCUUUACGACUUGUUUUAUAGCUUUCUGCAUUUGCAAGGCGAAAAAGAAGCCCUUUACAAUGACAGCAGGUAAGGGUAUAAAGAUUCAACUUGUUUUUCACUUUCACCAAGUUUCUGAAGGUGGUGGUACUUUUUUAUGUAACAAAAUAAAAACUGCUAUUUGAGAAGAAAACAACAGGUAGAUUAAAAUACAUUCUUUCUGCACCAGGACCAAAAUCGAUGAGAUUCAACAGAGGAAGGAGGAGGAGUUGAAGUCAAUGAACAUCCGCAUCCAGAAGUUACAGGGAGAUCUGCUGUCAGCCAGCCAGGUCAGACACCCGACGUUGCCUAUCCUGUUAUGAGAUCAAUCUCAAUAUAUUGUUUAUGAUUGGUAUUGUACCUGGAGUAAUCAUAUUGUUUUAUUAUGACAAUACAUACUCCUUAUUAACUUCACAUUGGAUUUCUAGCUGGUUUGUAGUAGAUAUGCCCUAGACCCAUAUCCUAAAAUGAUUGACAGCCUAUGACAGAAUCUAGUGGGAAGCUGAAGCUGACUCUUGCUGCCUGUGUUUUUCUAGAGAGAUGGAGAGAUGAAGGAGCAGCUACAGAGCCGGCAGAAGGAGCAUGAGUUAGUUCUACACACACUCAGAGAUCAGGUAUAACCAGGAGCAUGAGUUAGUUCUACACACACUCAGAGAUCAGGUAUAACCAGGAGCAUGAGUUAGUUCUACACCAGUCAGAGAUCAGGUAUAACAAGGAGCAUGAGUUAGUUCUACACACACUCAGAGAUCAGGUAUAACCAGGAGCAUGAGUUAGUUCUACACACACUCAGAGAUCAGGUAUAACCAGGAGCAUGAGUUAGUUCUACACACACUCAGAGAUCAGGUAUAACAAGGAGCAUGAGUUAGUUCUACACACACUCAGAGAUCAGGUAUAACCAGGAGCAUGAGUUAGUUCUACACACACUCAGAGAUCAGGUAUAACCAGGAGCAUGAGUUGGUUCUACAUCAGUCAGAGAUCAGGUAUAACCAGGAGCAUGAGUUGGUUCUACAUCAGUCAGAGAUCAGGUAUAACAAGGAGCAUGAGUUAGUUCUACACACACUCAGAGAUCAGGUAUAACCAGGAGCAUGAGUUAGUUCUACACACACUCAGAGAUCAGGUAUAACAAGGACCAUGAGUUAGUUCUACACACACUCAGAGAUCAGGUAUAACCAGGAGCAUGAGUUGGUUCUACAUCAGUCAGAGAUCAGGUAUAACAAGGAGCAUGAGUUAGUUCUACACACACUCAGAGAUCAGGUAUAACCAGGAGCAUGAGUUAGUUCUACACACACUCAGAGAUCAGGUAUAACCAGGAGCAUGAGUUAGUUCUACACACACUCAGAGAUCAGGUAUAACAAGGAGCAUGAGUUAGUUCUACACACACUCAGAGAUCAGGUAUAACAAGGAGCAUGAGUUAGUUCUACACACACUCAGAGAUCAGGUAUAACCAGGAGCAUGAGUUAGUUCUACACAUACUCAGAGAUCAGGUAUAACCAGGAGCAUGAGUUAGUUCUACACACACUCAGAGAUCAGGUAUAACAAGGAGCAUGAGUUAGUUCUACACACACUCAGAGAUCAGGUAUAACCAGGAGCAUGAGUUAGUUCUACAUCAGUCAGAGAUCAGGUAUAACAAGGAGCAUGAGUUAGUUCUACACCAGUCAGAGAUCAGGUAAAACUCAAGCCUAUUAACUGUAAUCUGCUAUGCAUAGUUUUUAUAUACAGUGCUCUGAAAAAGUAUUUGCCCCCUUUCUAACUUUUGCAUAUUUUUUAUACUGAAUGUUAUCAGAUCUUCAACCAAAACCUAAUAUUAGAUAAAGGGAACCUGAGUGAACAAAUAACACAACAAUUACAUACUUCAUUUAUUUCAUAAAUAAAGUUGUGCAACACCCAAUGCCCCUGUGUGAAAAAGUCUACAUGAAAAUGGCUAAAAAGCAACAAAUUUGAAGUUUUGGAAUGGCCUAGUCAAAGUCCAGACCUAAUCCCAAUUGAGAUGAUGUGGCAGGACUUGAAACGAGCAGUUCAUGCUUGAAAACCCACAAAUGUCGCUGAGUUGAAGCAGUUCUUCAUGGAAGAGUGGGCCAAAAUUCCUCCACAGCGACGUGACAGACUGAUCAACAACUACAGGAGGCGUUUGGUUGGAGUCAUUUGCAGCUAAAGGUGGCAAAACCAGUUAUUGAGUGUAAGGGGGCAAUUACUUUUUUCAAACAGAGGAAUUGGGUGUUGCAUUACUUUGUUAAAUAAAUAAAAUAAGUAUACUUUUUUUCUGUUAUUUGUAAACUCAGGUUCCCUUUAUCUAAUAUUAGGUUUUGGUAGAAAAUCUGAUAACAUUCAGUAUAAAAAAAUGCAAAAAUAGAGAAAAUCAGAAAGGGGGAAAAUACUUUUCACGGCACUGUAGUGUGUUCAUGGAAGUAGCGUAUGAUGAUACCCCAUAUAGGUAGUAUAGUGGAGAGCGUUCUCAUGUGUAUACACUGUAGUGUGUUCAUGUAAGUAGCGUAUGAUGAUACCCCAUAUAGGUAGUAUAAUGUAGAGCGUUCUCAUGUGUAUACACUGUGUUCACCACAGUUCCUGUAAUAUGGAAAUAUUAAGGCAUCUGACAUUCACUUUUACUCUAAACUUUAGUCGAACUGUGUACACUGCAUUCGGAAAGUAUUCAGACCCCUUGACUUUUUCCACAUUUUGUUACGUUACAGCCUUACUCUAAAAUGGAUUAAAACAGUUUUUUUCUCAUCAAUCUACACACACUACCCCCAUAGUGACGAAGCAAAAACAGGUUUUGAGAAAUGUUUGCAAAUGUAUAUAAAAAAAAUAAAUAAACUGAUAUGACAUUUACAUAAAUAUUCAGACACUUUACUCAGUACUUUGUUGAAGCACCUUUGGCAGCCUCGAGUCUUCUUGGGUAUGACGCUACAAGCUUGACACACCUGUAUUUGGGGAGUUUCUCCCAUUCUUCUCUGCAGAUGCUCUCAAGCUCUGUCAGGUUGGAUGGGGAGCGUCGCUGCACAGCUAUUUUCAGGUCUCUCCAGAGAUGUUCGAUCGGGUUCAGACUCUUGUCCCGAAGCCACUCCUGCUGUGGCUGUGUGCUUAGGGCCAUACACAAAAAAAUGUAUGCACGCAUGACUGUAAGUCGCUUUGGAUAAAAGCAUCUGCUAAAUGGCAUAUUAUAUUAUUAUUAUUAUAGAUGGUUGUCCUUCUGGAAGAUUCUCUCUACAGAGGAACUCUGGAGCCAUGUCAGAGUGACCAAGACCCUUCUCCCCCGAUUGCUCAGUUUGGCUGGGCGGCCAGCUCAAGGAAGAGUCUUGGUGGUUCCAAACUUCUUCCAUUUAAGAAUGAUGGAGGCCGCUGUGUUCUUGGGGACCUUCAAUGCUGCAGAAUUGUUUUGGUACCCUUCCCCAGAUCUGUGCCUUGACACAAUCCUGCCUCUGAGCUCUACAGACAAUUCCUUCGACCUCAUGGCAUGGUUUUUGCUCUGACAUGCACUGUCAACUGUGGGACCUUAUAUACACUACUGGUCAAAAGUUUUAGAACACCUACUCAUUCAAGGGUUUUUCUUUAUUUUGACUAUUUUCUACAUUGUAGAAUAACUAUGAAAUAACACAUGGAAUCAUGUAGUAACCAAAAAAGUGUUAAACAAAUCAAAAUAUAUUUUAUAUUUGAGAUUCUUCAAAUAGCCACCCUUUGCCUUGAUGACAGCUUUGCACACUCUUGGCAUUCUCUCAACCAGCUUCAUGAGGUAGUCACCUAGAAUAUAUUUCAAUUAACAGGUGUGCCUUAUUAAAAGAAGAAGAUUGAACGAGGGGUUAAUAUUCUUAUAAUCAAUAGGCAGUUGUAACCUGUAACACACCUCGUUCAAUCUUCUCAGGACUUUAAAGGGCCCCACAAACCGCCGACCCAGCUUCCGGCAGGGCAGGCGGAGGGGCAGGUUUCGAGUCGAGAGCCAGACUCGAUCUCGGGCGAUCGGCGCUCGCCUUCUGUCGACGGAUGGCCCGCUGCAGAUGGACAUGUGCAGCGUCCCACGUCUCCUCCGAGCGCCGAAUCCACUCAUCCACCGCAAGAGCCUCGAUCUGGCUCUCGUGCCAUGGUGCCAGAACCGGCUGAUACCCUAAAACACACUGGAAAGGUGUUAGAUUGGUGGAGGAGUGGCGGAGAGAGUUCUGUGCCAUCUCUGCCCAUGGGAUAUACCUUGACCACUCCUCCGGCCGGCCCUGGCAAUAGGACCUCAGAAACCUACCCACAUCCUGGUUGACUCGUUCUACCUGCCCAUUGCUCUCUGGGUGGUAACCCGAGGUAAGGCUCACCGAGACCCCCAAGCGUUCCAUGAACGCCCCCCAGACUCUGGAGGUGAACUGGGGACCUCGGUCAGACACUAUAUCCUCGGGCACCCCAUAGUGCCGGAAAACGUGGGUAAAUAGGGCCUCAGCGGUCUGUAGGGCAGUAGGGAGACCCGGCAUUGGGAGGAGACGACAGGCCUUGGAAAACCGAUCCACAACGACCAAAAUAGUGGUAUUCCCCUGGGAGGGGGGAAGGUCUGUCACAAAAUCCACCGAGAGGUGGGACCAUGGUCGUUGUGGAACGGGCAGGGGAUGUAACUUUCCCCUGGGCAAAUGUCUAGGCGCCUUACACUGGGCGCACACCGAGCAGGAGGAGACAUACACCCUCACAUCCCUAGCUAACGUUGGCCACCAGUAUUUCACGCUAAGGCAGUGCACUGUCCGGCCAAUACCUGGAUGUCCAGAGGAGGGUGAUGUAUGAGCCCAAUAGAUAAGGCGGUCACGAACCUCGAGCGGAACAUACGUCCGCCCCACCGGACACUCUGGGGGAGUAGGGUCGGUACGCAGUGCCCGCUCGAUCUCCGCAUCUACCUCCCACACCACCGGAGCCACCAGACAAGACUCCGGCAGUAUGGGAGUAGGCUCAAUGGACCUCUCCUCUGUGUCAUACCGCCGGGACAGGGCAUCUGCCUUACUGUUCUGGGACCCUGGGAUGUAUGUGAUCUUAAAAACAAACCGGGUUAGGAACAUGUUCCACCUAGCCUGACGAGGGUUUAGUCUCCUAGCUGCCCGGAUGUACUCCAGGUUACGGUGGUCAGUCAGAAUGAGGAAAGGGUGUUGAGCCCCCUCAAGCCAAUGCCUCCACACCUUUAGGGCCUGGACUACAGCUAACAGCUCCCUGUCCCCUACGUCAUAAUUACGCUCCGCCGAGCUGAGCUUCUUAGAAUAGAACGCACAGGGGCGGAGUUUAGGUGGCGUGCCGGACCGUUGCGAAAGGACUGCCCCAAUACCGGCCUCGGACGCGUCUACCUCAACUUGGAAUGGUAAAGCGGGAUCCGGAUGCGCCAGCACCGGAGCCGAAGUGAACAGGUUCUUUAGUUUAACAAAUGCCCUGUCCGCCUCAGCUGACCACUGCAAACGCACCGGACCCCCCUUUAGCAGGGACGUAAUGGGAGCUGCCACCUGUCCAAAGCCCCGGAUAAACCUCCGGUAGUAAUUAGCAAAACCCAAAAACUGCUGCACCUCUUUUACAGUGGUUGGAGUUUGCUAAUUACGCACGGCCGACACACGGUCAACCUCUAUCUUCACACCAGACGCGGACAAUCGAUAACCCAAAAAGGAGACGGACUCCUGGAAAAACAAGCAUUUCUCUGCCUUGACAUACAAGUCAUGCUCCAACAGCCUCCUCAACACUCGGUGCACCAGGGCUACAUGCUCGGCUCGUGUAGAAGAGUACACUAGGAUGUUGUCGAUGUAUACUACCACACCCUGCCCAUUCAUGUCCCGGAAAAUCUCGUCAACAAAGGAUUGGAAGACUGAAGGAGCAUUCAUUAACCCGUAUGGCAUGACGAGAUACUCGUAAUGACCCGAGGUGGUGCUAAAUGCUGUUUUCCAUUCAUCCCCCUCCCUAAUGCGCACCAGAUUGUACGCGCUCCUGAGAUCUAACUUUGUGAAGAACCGCGCUCCGCGUAAUGACUCCGUCAUAGUCGCAAUCAGAGGAAGAGGGUAACUGUACUUAACCGUGAUCUGAUUGAGACUACGGUAAUCAAUACACGGGCGCAAACCCCACGUCCUUCUUCUUCACAAAGAAGAAACUCGAGGAAACCGGGGAAGUGGAGGACCGUAUGUAUCCCUGUGCCAAGGAAUCGGCUAUGUAAAUCUCCAUAGCCGCGGUCUCCUCUUGAGACAGGGGAUACACACGGCUCCGCGGAAGUGCCGCUCCUGUUUGGAGAUCUAUCGCACAAUCCCCCUGUCUAUGAGGUGGUAGCCGUGUUGCCCUCGUUUUGCUGAACACAAGUGCUAAAUCCUCAUAUUCAGGGGGAAUGUGCAUUGCGGGCACUUGGUUCGGACUCUCCACCGAGGUCGCCCCUAAGGAAACACCUAGACAUCUCCCUACACACUGGGCAGACCACUCCAUAAGAGCCCUCUGUUGCCACGCAAUGGUAGGAUCAUGGGCGCUUAACCAGGGAAGCCCCAGCACCACGGGAUACGCAGGAGAGUCGAUCAGAUAAAACUGAAUGAUCUCCUCAUGACCCCCCUGCGUCAUCAUCUUAAGUGGUGCUGUGACUUCUCUGAUCAACCCCGACCCCAGCGGCCGGCUGUCUAGGGCAUGAACAGGAAAGGGGGCUUCUACCGGCCGAAGGGGAAUUCCUAACCUAUAACAAAAUUCACGAUCAACAAAGUUCCCAGCUGCGCCUGAAUCUACUAGCGCCUUAUGCUGGGAAUGAGGUGCCACCUGUGGAAAUCUCACAGGUAUACACAAGUGACCAACAGAGAGCUCUGGGUAAGUGGGACGCCUACUCACCUGAAAUGACUCCCCAGUGCGUGACCUGUUGUCCCCUCUCCCAGGAGACCCUCCCCAGCACCUAGCCGCAGUGUGUCCUCCACGGCCACAGUUGGUGCAGGGGACGGCCCCCCUCGGGUUCUCUCUCCUCCUCUCCCUAGUGCCAGCACCCCCGAGCUCCAUGGGAACCGGCUCGGAGGUGCUGGAGGGUGGAAUGGACGACCCCCACUCGGGACGUCCGCGGGUAGCCAGCAGGUGUCGAGACGGAUGGAAAUGUCCACCAACUGGUCGAAGGAUAGGUUGGUGUCCCUGCAGGCCAGCUCACGACGAACGUCCUCUCGUAGGCUACACCGGUAAUGGUCGAUGAGGGCCCUCUCAUUCCACCCCGCAUCCGCCGCUAGAGUCCGGAACUCCAGGGCGAACUCCUGUGCACUCCUUUUCUCCUGUUGGAGGUGGAACAGACGCUCCCCCGCCGCCUUCCCCUCAGGUGGAUGAUCGAACACAGCCCUGAAGCGGCGGGAGAACUCCGCGUAGGUGAUGGUGGCGGCGUCUAUUCCCCUCCAUUCAGCGUUGGCCCACUCCAACGCCUUGCCGGAUAGACAGGAGAUGAGGGCGGAGACGCUCUCGUAUCCCGAGGGCGCCGGGUGUAAGGUGGCCAGGUAGAGUUCCACCUGCAGGAGGAACCCCUGACACCCGGCUGCAGAACCAUCAUAUGCCCUCGGGAGCGAAAGCCGAAUGCCACUGGGUUCCGGUGCUGGGAGAGGAGGACUGGCCGAUGGUGAUGGUAAGGUGUGCGAAGGCGUGGGCACCUCUCCCGUAACCAAUCGGCGCAGCGUAUUGGACACCUCGUUCAUGGCGGCCCCAAGUUGCCGGAUCAUGGUGUCUUGGUCGCUGAUCCGAUCCUCCAGCGACUUGGGGGCCGCCGCUGCUCCUGCUGACUCCAUAAAGGUGUGUUGUUCUGUCAAUGGCUGAGGUUAAUGUGGUGUGGGAGUCAGGCGCAGGACACCGAAGCUUAGUCCAACAAAGUUUACUAGUGCAAACCAAAGCACAAUACAAUGAACGGCCUCAACAAUAAACAGAGGCAAGCGAUUACGCAAACUGUGCGUAAACCAAUAAAACAAUAAACAGAGAAAAACAUGCAGCACUAACGGACAGGCGAAUAACAACACACAAACUAACCAACACCAAACAGGCAACUUAUAGGACACACAAUUAGACACAAACGGACACAGGUGCAACAGACAGACAAAAGCAAUCAAACAUAGAAACAUUCAACGGUGGCAGCUAGUACUCCGGGGACGACGAACGCCGAAGCCUGCCCGAACAAGGAGGAGGAGCAGCCUCGGCAGAAUCCGUGACAGUGAAGGUCAGUCAAUACGGAACAUUUCAAGAACUUUGAACGUUUCUUCAAGUGCUGUCGCAAAAACCGUCAAGCGCUAUGAUGAAACUGGCUCCGCCACAGGAAUGGAAGACCCAGAAUUACCUCUGCUGCAGAGUAUAAGUUCAUUAGUUACCAAUCUCAGAAAUUGCAACCCAAAUAAAUGCUUCACAGAGUUCAAGUAACAGACACAUCUCAACAUCAACUGUUCAGAGAAGACUGUGUGAAUCAGGCCUUCAUGGUCGAAUUGCUGCAAAGAAACCACUACUAAAGGACACCAAUAAGAAGAAGAGACUUGCUUGGGCCAAGAAACACGAGCAAUGGACAUUAGAACGAUGGAAAUUUGUCCUUUGGUCUGGAGUCCAAUUUGGAGAUGUUUGGUUCCAACGGCUGUGUCUUUGUGAGACGCGGUGUGGGUGAACGGAUGAUCUCUGCAUGUGUAUUUCCCACCGUAAAGCAUGGAGGAGGAGGUGCUAUGGUGUGGGGGUGCUUUGCUGGUGACACUGUCUGUGAUUUGUUUAGAAUUCAAGGCACACUUAACCAGCGUGGCUACCACAGCAUUCUGCAGCGAUACGCCAUCCCAUCUGGUUUGGGCUUAGUGGGACUAGCAUUUGUUUUUCAACAGGACAAUGACCUCCAGGCUUUGUAAGGGCUAUUGACCAAGAAGGAGAGCGAUGGAGUGCUGCAUCAGAUGACCUGGCCUCCACAAUCCCCCGACCUCAACUAAAUUUAGAUAGUUUGGGAUGAGUCGGACCGCAGAGUGAAGGAAAAGCAGCCAUCAAGUGCUCAGCAGAUGUGGGAACUCCUUCAAGACUGUUGGAAAAGCAUUCCUCAUGAAGCUGGUUGAGAGAAUGCCAAGAGUGUGCAAAGCUGUCAUCAAGGCAAAGGGUGGCUAUUUGAAGAAAGUCAAAUAUAAAAUAUAUUUUGAUUUGUGUAACACUUUUUUGGUUACUACAUGAUUCCAUAUUUGUUAUUUCAUAGUUUUGAUGUCUUCACUAUUAUUCUACAAUGUAGAAAAUAGUUUAAAAAAAAGAAAAACCCUUGAAUGAGUAGGUGUUCUAAAACUUUUGACCGGUGGUAUAGACAGGUGUGUGCCUUUCCCAAUCAUGUCCAAUCAAUUGAAUUUACCACAGGGGGACUCCAAUCAAGUUGUAGAAACAUCUCAAGGAUGAUCAAUGGAAACAGGAUGUACCUGAGCUCAAUUUCAAGUCUCAUAGCAAAGGGUCUGAAAACGUAUGUAAAUAAGGUAUUUCUGUUUUAAUUUUUUAUAUAUUUGCUAAAACGUCUAAAAACCUGUUUUCACUUUGUCAUUUACAUUUUAGUCAUUUAGCAGACGCUCUUAUCCAGAGCGACUUACAGUUAGUGAGUGCAUACAUUUGUCAUACUGGCCCCCCAUGGGAAUCGAACCCACAACCCUGGCGUUGCAAGCGCCAUGCUCUACCAACUGAGCUACAGGAGGCCUAUUGGUUAUUGUGUGUAGAUUGAUGAGGAAAAAAAUCAAUUUUAGAAGACGGCUGUAAUGUAACAAAAUUAGGAAAAAGUCAAGGGGUCUGAAUACUUUCCGAAUGCACUGUAUGCUAUAUUUUUCCUAACGUUCAAAUUAUCUUAAAGUCGAGACAUUUAAUUGACGGUUAAUGAAAAGGCAGAGUGAGGAUCACCCUAAAUAAUUAGAGAUUAGUGGAAGUGUGAAGAGGUUGUCUGGAAGAGAGUGGUGCUGUCUUUGUGGGCACGGUGCACUUCAUUAGGGACCAGUCUGUUUUUCCACUUUAGUAAGGCCUCCUAGAUCUCUCAAUGAAUUACACAGGGCCCUGCCUGCCUGGCUGUUAGCAUGACUGGCACUUAUGUCCUCUGAGACGUCACAAGUCUUAAUUAACUUGAACUCUGCUUUGGAUAGACAACAAGAUAAGGCAUUGGAGUCUGCUGUUGUGUUCUCUUUUCAUUUUCUCUUUACAAUAUGGAAGUACUUUUUUAUUCCAAGUAUUUUUGGUGCGUCAUGCAGACAUUCUGUUUCUCAUCUGGCUUCUGUCACCGUUCUUCAUUGUUUCAUUCUACAUGACCUAAUUUAUCCUUCUUUUUUAAAAUUCCUUUGCCAUCUGUUUUUCGUGCCUUACUGAUCCUCUUCUGGUAAUUUCACCCCGACCCCUUCUUCCUUUAUUGUUCCGUUGAUGAUCCGUCCAUCCUAUCAAUGGAAACCGCCUUUCCCCCUUCUCUUUCAAUACAUAUUGUUGUUUUGCCAAUCGCCACCUCUUGUAUCCUUUUCUUCACCUUGCACAUUGUCUUUUUCCUCCGUCUCUCCUCUUUUCCCUCCCUGGCUGUCCUGGGUGGUGCCCCCUGUGUUUACCCUGUGUGUGGCGCUGUGAUGCAGAUAGCGUGUCAGAGUGCUGUGAGUCAGGAGCAGGUGGAGAGUAUCCUGACUGAGAACGAUGCUCUCAGGACUAACCUAGUCGCUCUAGAACAGGUAGAGUAUCCUGACCCCCGCCCUGCCAGGACCCCGGGCCCGGCUCAAACCCCACGGAACCUCGUCAAUAUUAAUUCUACCAUUGUCACCACUCACUAGCCAUUACCCAUGAUGCAUCACCAUUAUGACAAGUCAAGCUGAUGUGAAUAAAGUCAGGGAGGUAAAGACAUUUUUCAUAUACUAACGGAUGGUAAUUAUAUCAAUAGUUCAGACACAUUAGUUGCUGCUACUUACAAUAAUACUAACGGUUUGUUGUUUUCCCUACAAAGCUUAAUCCACAGUCGUCCAACUUCUGCUCAUCUGCUUUUCAUGUCUCACUUUCUCCACUUCUACCCUACUGAUCCAUAUGAUCCAUGUUUCAUUAAACCAAGUCUAGAAAUACCUGUGUAAAAUGGCUGAGCUGAGUGUGCACUGACCAGUGGGUGGGCGUUGUCUUUAGAUUCAGACAGUGAAGACUCAGGAGAUGAACCUUUUGCGUGACCAAAACACGGCUCUGAACGUGGAGCUGCAGCAGAGACGGACAGAGCAGGAGAGCUUCCUGGCACAGAGAGAUGACCUUAACUCUCAGCUGCAGGUUUGUGUGGCCAUCAGAUUGUCCUAGUGCGUGCAUACUCGCAAGAACAACUGAAAUAAACCUUACUUUUAUAGUGGUUAUUACUUAUAUUGUAGGUCAAGGAGUAAAAAGCUGGAGUUGCAAAUUAAUUUUUAUACUCUCUUUCGCUGUCUUUUUCUCUGUAGGAGGUGAACCGUGCCAACAGCAGACUGUUGGAACAGCUGACUGAAAUGGACCAAUGGAAAGACAGACUACAGCAAGAGCUGGAGGAGGCUAAAAAGGUGGGCUAUCUGUGACACAGAGAGACACUUGCAGGAGGCGUACACACAUGGCACUGUAGUAAUUGGCAUUACUGUAUGCCAGGGAAAGUGGGAGUGCUGAGUUGACCUCCCUCAAGCUCCACUCCUUCUGCCCACAGGGUCACAGACCAUAAAUAGACAUCACAGCUUCAAUUAGCUUAUGUGCCAGUCUUGGAUUUAUCACAGUUAUAUUUGAGUUAGAUUUAUAUGAAUUCAGGAUUAUGAUUCAAAGAUUUGUCUCAUGGUUUGUUUAAAAAUGAGUAAAUCAGUGCUGGAUGAGUGUGAAUGUUAUUGUUCAUUUAUCAGCACAAUAAAUGUCAGAGAUAUGUAGUAACGUCCAGAGAUAUCCUCCCUGUCUCCGUCCACCUGCAGACAGCUGACAAGCGGAAGGCCAUGCUGGAUGAACUGGCCAUCCAGAUAAUCACAGAGAAGUCCCGGCAUAAGGAGGAGCUGAGCGACUUGCGUCUGCAGCAUGAGAAGGAGGUGCUGGGGGUGCGGGCGCGCUAUGAGAAGGAGCUGAGGAGUCUCCACGAGGACAAGAACCGCACAGAGGAGGAUAUCCGCUCACAGCUCCGAGACGAGAAGGUGAAGAUGGUGGGACACAUUUAGAUUCAGUGCCACAGAGCCAAUGAGAAGGGAGAGAACAUGAGAAGCUACAUUGCUUGUGAAUUAAUGUGACCUUUUGAUCUCUAGGCUCGCAAUAAGGAGCUGGAGGGUCUGCAGCAGAGUGUGGAAGAGCUGCAGGCCCAGGUCCAGUCCAUGGAGAACACUAAGGGCUGGUUCGAACGCAGACUCAAAGAGGCUGAGGUACACUAGCAACUAGCAACUUCACUUUCACUAGAAUAUUACAGUACUUACUGAAGUGGGUUAGUUAUGCUGUGUUGUACCACUAUACACUUUAAAGCUUUUACAUGAACAUACAGAAAUGGUGUUGAAGAGGAGGUUAAUGAGUGAUCAAUACUGGCAGUUAGAGGCGCCCUUCACUGCCUAGAGUAAUAUUGACCACAUGGUGUCACGGUAACACUGACCACAUGGUGUCACGGUAACACUGACCACAUGGUGUCACGGUAACACUGACCACAUGGUGUCACGGUAACACUGACCACAUGGUGUCACGGUAACACUGACCACAUGGUGUCACGGUAACACUGACCACAUGGUGUCACUAGUGCUUCUUACUUAUUUCUGCUCAGAUUUGUUUUGUUUUCUAGCAUUUACUGCGAUUUAAUGGCUUUAAAUAUUUACAGUAGUUUAGCCUGUUAAAGAAUUCUAAAAAUAGAUGUGUGCUGAUGAUUAGUUGAUUGCUUGUUCCAAUGUCGUGUCCCUCCCUGUGUUCAGGAGAGCACAGAGAGGAGCAGUCUGGAGCACCAGGAGCGCAUGGAGAAGCUGCAGAAAGAACAUACUCUCCAACUGGAGGUUGUUUCACUUGUUUUCCUCAUCUCAGACAGACACGGCAGAGUGGUGUACACAGCAACACACUCAGACAGACACUUUCCUCUGGGCCCAGGGGAAUACCUACUGGGAGUGUAUGUAGGCUUUGUUCACUGCAGUUGGCCUUAGUGUUGCACGGUAUACUGAAACUUUGUUACUGUAUGUGAAAAACAAAAACUGUUCGGUACUAGUGUUGUUGUUCCGUUCAGUACUUCUGUCAAAUGUCUCACGUGAUUGAGAGUAUCAAGUCUGUCUACCAGCACAGCCCCUUUAUAACGCCAAGAGCAAAGUGCCUGCUCCACUUACUCAUUCCAGGGCCGCCGGGAAAACCUGUGGUGAGGCGGCAUUUGCCACAGCACUUUUCAAUAUAUUAACGCAAAGUUCCGUUUUUAAAAAGAGGGGCAAAGUGCCGUUUUUUUUAAAACUGAUUUGCCUCCAUGAUUUUUGAACUUGCGCACAAUUUCUCUGUCCUUCACAUCGGAGUUCUGCUGCAGGCUCUUGACCAAUAAGAUUCACAGAACAAUGCACUAAGCUCAAGGCAUUCUCUCCACUUUCCUCCGGUAUUUAUUUAGCAAUCGUGAUAACACAUUACUCCCGACAGACACAAGCGAAAACUCUUCCAUAAAUGUAGCAGCCUAAACACCUAAACACUAGCGAUCUGAUGUGCUGUAUUGCAUGUAAACUAACAACAACAGCAGCUGCAUAGUCUAGCUAUCCUCCUGUCCCUCUGGCCAGGGUAUUUAUAGCCCAUUUGUUUGUGAAAAUGUGAAUGGGAUCAAAUUUGUUUUAUAUUUAAACGGACUAGGCUACUUAGACUUUUUAAAUAAAAAAUUAUUAACUGGAAUUAAUCAAUAAACACAAUAUCUGACAUAGACUGUGAGUUAAUUUUUAAUUAGGCCUACAGUUGCAUAGGGCAGGACUAUGCCAUGCAGACCUGCAUAAAGCAAGCUCAGCCAUGUGAGUUUUAUUGUCCAAUCAUGUUGCUUUCUCUGUGUAUAAGAACCCCCCCUAGUCCUUCUUUAAAAUAUAAUUCAUAUGAACCAGUAAGGUUGCUGCAGUUUGACAGGGCUUUCAUCCUCCCCAAGACCAGGACUUUUUUCAGGAGUAAAAAAAUAACAUGUGACCUGAUUUAAAAAAAAAAUAAAAAAAUAAAAAAUAAACUCUGGUCCCAUAAUAACCCAUAAUAAACAUUUUUACAACAGAUUAUUCCCGUCAUACCAUAUAAGGUCCCGAGUUUUAACUGGUAAAAUGUUCAAACUGUUCAUUACUGUACAAUGUCCAUACAGGAUAGAACACUUUUACAAUGCAAGACAAUACCGGUAGAUUCCAGCUUUAAUUGUAGGCUAACUUUCCUUGCAGAAUUCACUACCCUAGUACAUUGUUUGUGAAAAUAUGCAAACCAUAACGCCCUAGUACAUUGUUUGUGAUAAUAUGCAAACCAUAAUGCAAAAUAUGCUGAUUUCAAAGCUGAUUGUCAACCAAAACGUUAUUAAUUCAUUUAGUCUCUGCCGCCACCAAAAACUGUUUUCACUAGAUUCCAUAGCAAUAAAGACAGAUUCCACAGCCAUGUUCUGCCUCGCGAAUGAUGUCAUUACUAUAACACUUUUAUAAAAGAAGAGAUUGCUUCUUCUAUGCAGAUGUUGUUGAUCGUACAAUAGAAUAUGUUCUCCUAGCAGUUGCCAAUAAAAUACAUCCUAAAUGGGAGGGAUUGUUUGCCAUCUGUAGUCCCAUGAAAUCAGCUUGAACAAGCUCAAUAACUCAAUGCAUGCACACACUCCUAUUGAAUAAUAUGCAUUCACCUGUAUUUUGAAUAGACCUAGGCUACAUCUUGAUUUACCCAGUUUAUUAAUAGAGAUUUACAGUAACAUUCAAAUAAAUUAUUACUAUUAUGUUGUUUUGUAGUUAGAUUGGUAAAAACAAAGUCAAAUUGAUUGUAUAAUUUAUUAAUGAAUGGCCCCAAAAACAAAUAGACAUAACAUUUUUCAAAUGUCAUGAUAUGGAGCUCUAAAGCUGCCCAACGAUUGAACAUAGUUUAUCUGUCUGGAUCAAGUGCCAUUCUGUGACUUUGGCUAAUACGCCUUAUUUUCUUUGUUGUGGUAUGGAGUAUCGCGAUGGUAUGGAGUAUCGCGAUGGUAUGGAGUAUCGCGAUGGUAUGGAGUAUCGCGAUGGUAUGGAGUAUCGCGAUGGUUUGGAGUAUCGUGAGACUAAACCUGGUAUUGAAGUGAAAAUUCUGGUAUCGUGACAACACUAGUUGGCCCAGGGGAAUACUAUACUGACUGGGAGUGUAUGUAGGCUUUGUUCACUGCAGUUGACCCUGGGGAAUACUGACUGGGAGUGUAUGUAGGCUUUGUUCACUGCAGUUGACCCUGGGGAAUACUGACUGGGAGUGGAUGUAGGCUUUGUUCACUGCAGUUGGCCCUGGUAGAUGAAGCCAUGACUCAAAUUGCUAGUCUCGUCUGCUGACCUGAUGUUCAUUGAACUGUACUUAUUUAGCAAUUCAAAGUGUUUCUUAUGUGUGUUUCUCUUCUAUGUGUAACUCUCUAAUUGGGCUGGUAGGUUUGGUGAUGUGCUUGUGUUUGAAAUUGAACCCCCACUGUUUCAAUUAAAAUCUUGUUAGUAUCAUGAAAUUAAUUCAGAAUGGUCCAAUUUAUGUUAAUCUCGUAAUCACUGUAAAUAUACCAUUAGCAUGGUGUGAAUAGUAACCUUAUUAUGUUGAAACGUAUGUUUUCCCUCUAACCUUUUAAACCCCAUCAGAUUCUAAGAUUGGAUAUGGGAAAAUAACAGAAAAACUGAAUAUGUAUUCUUUGUUUUUCUCAUUCAGGGAAAGGCAUGUGAUCUAGGUGGUGUGAAGCUGCAGUUGACGGAGCUAGAGAAGGAGAGGGAUGUGCAAAAUGAAACCAUUGGAAAACUGAAGCAGGUAAACUAACCCCCCUUUAAACUCCCCUUUUUCUAUCACAUUUUCAGAGGAAAGUACAGUUUGAAAUGUUCCAUACAUGUACACAUAUUUUCCAGUAUAAGCUGCAUAAAAAGCCUGUGUGCUCAUGUAAUGGUUCCCAUUAGAGCCUCCAUGAUGUACUCUCCCUGUCUUUGUGGUGUUCAGGAGAUUAAAGACACGGUGGAUGGCCAGAGGAUCCUGGAGAAGAAAGGUAGUUCAGCAGUAAGUGGAACACCCUCUCUCUCUUCUCUUCUCGCUCCCUCUCUUUUCACUCCCUCUCUCUCUCCCUCCCUCUCUUCUCACUCCCUCUCUCUCUCUCUCUCGCGCUCUCUCGCUCCCCCCCCCCCCCCUCUCUCUUCUCUGACCACUAACAUCUGAGCAGGGAAACUGAUGAGUCAGGCCCCUUCCAUUUAGUACAGAGUGGUAAUUAAAUUAUAAUUUACAGGUGGCAGGUAGGCAGGCAACUCACUCAGCCGCACCCACUCUUCUCCAGAGAAGUAGAAUCGGGGCAGCCUUUUCUAUAUCCCAGUUUGACCCCUUUGCAAGCAGUUACCGGAUGCCUGCCUUGAUGAUAAGAAUCUGCAGAUAAUUGCAAGCAUAUGGGCUAGCCUAAGGCAUAGGGGUCGUAAGGGUUUUGUAGCUCCCUAUUCCAGCCACAAUCGAAAUAAUUUUCAGGGUAGGAUGGUUCAUCUUAUUUGAUUGUUUUCUUUGUCUUAAUCAGAUGCCUGUCUAAGAUUAUCUUUGCCUCUCCCUGAGUCGCAUGCUGUUAUCUAUUGCAGUGUUUUUCAAAUGAAGUAGUGUACUCUCCUCUCAUGGGCUUUGUUGCAUUGUUUGUAGCUGAAAGACUUGAAGAGGCAGCUACAGCUGGAGAGGAGGAGAGCAGAUAA